GUCUUGUUCCUCCUUAGGUCAAGGCUGGGACUCCCUUGUGGCUCGGACGGCCCUGCUUGCAGGAGAGGCCUGGGGAACCAACUACUCAGGGUCUCAGAGAAAGCCUGAAGGGGACACGCUGAGCGGGAGGCUUAGGAAUAAGCCCCAAGAGCCUGGAUUCAGCACCAGUUAAGCCAGGGGUCACUGAACGCACCCCGCCCCCCCAGACCCGCCGGCAACCAGACGGGGAUUUCUGCUGCUCCUUCCUCUUCGAUCCUCUGCAAAGCCAGGAACCGGGAGGCGCGCCUGCAGCCCGUCAGCGUGCAUCCUUGGAUCCGGUUCUGCAGGACCAUCUGCUGGGAACAGCGGCUCAGAGGGACCCAGAUCAGGCGGCGGGCGAGGAAGGGGUUAAGCCCUCUGUCCGGAGGCUCGCCCCGCCCACUGUACGUCAUUUAGCCCCGCCCCGCGCGCUGAUUGGCCCGAGCGUCCGCGGAUCUGCAGGGGGUCGCUGGCCGCGGACGGGGUACGGGUCCCGGAGCGGCCUCUGCCUGGAGAUGGAGCAGUCGCCGCCAGGCCCCCGGCGGGCCGUGCGGCUCUCGGAUGCAGCGGGAGAGAGGGACACAGAGGCGCUGUUGCCAGCAGCCCAGGCCAUGGAGCUGCGGAGGCGAGACUACUGCGUGGAGCGGCCACUGCUGAACCAGGAGCAGCUGGAAGAGCUAGGCCGCUGGGGCCCUGCACCCAGGACCCACCGCUGGCGUACCUGGCUGCAAUGCUCCCGUGCUCGGGCCCAUGCCCUUCUGCUCCAGCAUCUCCCCAUUCUCGCCUGGCUGCCCCGCUAUCCUGUACGGGACUGGCUGCUAGGGGAUCUCUUGUCCGGCCUGAGUGUGGCCAUCAUGCAGCUUCCACAGGGCUUGGCUUAUGCCCUCCUGGCUGGACUGCCCCCUGUGUUCGGUCUCUACAGUUCCUUCUACCCUGUCUUCAUCUACUUCCUGUUUGGUACUUCCCGGCACAUCUCCGUGGGAACCUUUGCUGUCAUGUCUGUGAUGGUGGGCAGUGUGACAGAAUCCCUGGCCCCGGACGAGGACUUCCCAGCUGUCUCAAACGUCACAGUCAACCUGCUGGAUGCCUCAAACUUCACAGUUAAUGAGGCUGCCAGGGAUGCAGUUCGGGUGCAGCUAGCCUCCACGCUAGGCGUCCUGGUUGGCCUUUUCCAGGUAGGGUUGGGCCUAGUCCGCUUCGGCUUCGUGGUCACCUACCUGUCUGAGCCCCUGGUGCGCAGCUACACCACAGCUGCGUCUGUGCAGGUCUUCAUCUCACAGCUCAAGUAUGUGUUUGGCCUCCAGCUGAGAAGCCGCUCCGGGCCACUCUCCCUCAUCUAUACAGUGCUGGAGUUCUUCUGGAAGCUGCCCCAGACUGUAGUGGGCAUCUUGGUCACCGCCCUGGUGGCUGGACUGGUGCUUGUGGCCGUCAAGUUGCUGAGUGAGAAGUUGCGGCGCUACCUGCCCCUGCCCAUCCCAGGGGAGCUGCUCACGCUCAUUGGGGCCACAGCCAUCUCCUAUGGUGUGGGCCUGGAGCAGCGAUUUGGGGUGGACGUUGUGGGCAACAUCCCUGCAGGGCUGGUGCCCCCUGUGGCCCCCAAUCCGCAGCUGUUCGCACAGCUCGUGGGAAACGCCUUUGCCAUUGCCGUGGUGGGCUUCGCCAUUGCCAUCUCGCUGGGGAAGAUCUUCGCAUUGAGGCAUGGCUAUCGCGUGGACAGCAACCAGGAACUGGUGGCCCUUGGCCUGAGUAACCUCGUUGGGGGCUUGUUCCAGUGCUUCCCUGUGAGCUGCUCCAUGUCCCGCAGCCUGGUGCAAGAAGGCACGGGGGGCAACACACAGGUUGCUGGAGCCGUCUCUUCCCUUUUCCUCCUGCUCAUCAUUCUCAAACUUGGGGAACUCUUCCGAGACCUACCCAAGGCAGUCCUGGCUGCUGUCAUUAUUGUGAAUCUGAAGGGCAUGUUGCUGCAGUUCAAGGACAUCCCCACCCUCUGGAAAACAAACCGGAUAGAUCUGCUCAUCUGGCUGGUGACCUUUGUGGCCACCAUCUUGCUGAAUCUGGACCUGGGUCUGGCAGUGGCAAUAGUCUUCUCACUGCUGCUCAUGGUGGUGCGAACGCAGCUGCCCCACUACUCAAUUCUGGGACGGGUGCCAGACACAGAUAUUUACCGAGACGUGGCCGAGUACUCAGAGGCCAGGGAGGUCCCGGGCGUGAAGGUCUUCCGCUCCUCGGCCACCCUGUUCUUUGCCAAUGCUGAGUUCUAUGGUGAUGCACUGAAGCAACGGUGUGGCGUGGAUGUCGACUACCUCCUCUCCCAGAAGAAGAAGCUGCUAAAGAAGCGAGAGAUGCAGCUGAAGCGACUCAAGAAGAAAAGCAAAACCCAGCCUCAGACACAGGCUGAUCCUUCCAAGGUCACCUCUGUUUCCGUCUAUGUCAACCCCAGCCCGGGAGGCAUCAAGAUCAAUGACGUGGGAGACAUCAAGAGCAAUGACGUGGAAGACUCAAGGGAAAAGGUAAAGCCCGGAGAUGACCUGAAUGGUGUGGCGGCCAGCAGUCAGGAAGAUGCCAAGGCACCGGGCGGCUCCACACUGAGGAUGCUGGGCCUGCCCCAGCCCGACUUCCAUAGCCUUGUCCUGGAUCUAGGCACGCUCUCCUUCGUGGACACUGUGUGCAUCAAAAGCCUGAAGAACAUUUUUCGUGACUUCCGGGAGAUUGAGGUGGAGGUGUACAUUGCGGCCUGUCACAGCCCUGUCGUUGCCCAGCUCGAGGCUGGAAACUUCUUUGACACAUCUAUCACCAAACGCCAUGUCUUUGCCUCUGUCCACGACGCUGUCACCUUCGCCCUGCAACACCCAAGGCAAGAGGCCAGCAGCUCUGCUUUGGCCACAAAACUCUGACUGUGUCACCAGGCCUGCCUGAAACCGCCAGCACCUCUACAAGUCGACAUGGGAUGCUCCAGGAACCCCUCUCCGCCCCCGACCCACUCAUCCUGGUGCUGCCCUGGAGUCCCCUCCGAGCACAUACACACAACUCAGGGAUGGAGGUCUGGGACUCCCAGUUCAGUGCUCCAGGCCAGGGCUGGGGCGCCAUAGUCAGGCUGGCCUUGGCUAGGCGCAGGGAGGGAGCCGCUGCCUGUUUUUAGCCUCAGGAAUAAAGAUUGGUCAGCUCUG